GGACACUGAAGAGUAUCGCGCAUCUCGUUUGCUGUAUUAUGGUCGAUGGCUUCGUUCACUGCAGUAGCUGUUCGUGUUCUCCGUUAUUACUGUGUUAUUUUCUGAACAACGCGGAAGUCAAACAGUUAGCCUGUCCUGGCUUUCCCGGUCGUGUUGGACAGUUACUAUCGGUUGUUUUUACACUGCUUUUAAACGAUUUGUGGUGUGAGCAUUAGCUUGUCAUCAAGAUCGUUCCGUUGAAGAUCUUGCGUUGAUCGCCUGAAGUAAUCGACAGAGAGAUCCAGCUUUAGAUACCAUCAUGGGAUUCUGCACGGGUUUUGCGAGGUUGCUCCUCAUCACCUUCAAUAUCAUCUUCUGGCUGUCAGGAGUUGUCAUCCUGGGCGUUGGCAUCUGGAUCCUGGUGGACCCUGACCUCCAGGAUUACCUUGACGUCAUCAAGGACGCGUCCGGCGGCGAAGACUUCCUGAAGAUCGCGGCGUACAUCCUGAUCGGGUUUGGCGCCUUCGUCUUCCUGGUCGGCUUCUGCGGCUGUUGUGGCGCCAUUCGGAGGAGCAAGUGUCUGCUAGGCCUGUACAUUUUUUUCCUGGUGGUCGUGUGUGCUGGAGAGUUGGCUGUUGGCAUUUAUGUGGCCGUUUACAGUGGUGAGGCUGAGGACAAGAUGGAGACUGGACUUAAAGAAUCCAUUCAGGAUAAUUAUGGCAAAUCCCUCACUGGACCCUGGGACCUGGUGCAGAAAGAGCUCAAGUGUUGUGGCGGUCUGAACUACUCGGACUACGAGAAUAGCGAUUGGCAGAAGAAACAGUCUGAUGAUAUUAAGAUUCCUGUGAGCUGCUGUAAGUUGAAUGCAAAUGGACAGAUCAUCAAUGAAACUAAAUGCCAGAUGGCCAUGGACGGAGACUACUUCUACAAAGACAAGGGCUGCAAGGGAGCCCUCAAUGACUGGAUCAAUGACCACAGCAUCAUUAUGAUCGGAGUUGGCUGUGGUAUUGCUGCCCUUGAGCUUCUGGGCCUUGUGUGUGCCAUCUGCUUCUGUCGUCACAUGGAUCGUGACAAGUACUCCAGCAACUGAUGACUCACUGUCAUGACAACCACCAUCGGCCUUUGUCCUCAUUGCCAACACUGCAGCUUUAUCUUCAGAGCAGAUCUAGGAAAUGAAUUGUGCCUAAUCAUGGUUUCUAUAUUACUUUUGUACUUACUUGAUCCUUUUCCUCUCUCUUGUUCUCCGUAGGUUUUUGUGAGCUAAGGCUAUAGGAAAUUAUUAGAUAUUCAUGCAUUUGUAACACUAGUUCAAAUUACAUUUUUUAUUGUGGAAAGCAGAUAGUAAAGAAAAUAUUGCCAACUGUUUUUACCUUAAACAAUCUUCUGGUAAAUGGUUAUUGUGAGGAAGAGUUUAAUCAUAUGAAAGGAUACGUCUGAUCUUUUUGAUGUCAUUUUGAACAGAUCUGUGGUGCUUUAGGAAAUUUUGUCUGAAAUCUGUAUUUAUUGCAAUACAUACCACAAAACUGUUAAGGAAGCACCAAGAAAUAUUGUUCGUUCCUUUGGGUCUUUAAAGCUCAUAGAUGAGACACCUAUCCAGUUACUUUAGUGGGAAGUGAAUGAGAUGAUAUAUAUUGCGUUCUGGGCUAUCUGGCCCCCUCGAUAAACCUGUGAUUGUUCUACUUAAUACUUAAGUUUUAAAAUUUUUCAUGUUGCGAAGCAAUCGAAAUUAU